UAUCAACUAAAACUUCAAGAGACCUUUGAGGAUCAACGCGACCUUGUUAAAAUCUCAAUACUUCCAAGAAUUACAAAUGCUUUGGAUAAGACAACGUUUCCAGUAGUCGAUGGUAUAAUUUAUAAAAUACUAUAUCAACUUCAUCGACACCAAAGGGACAAAUUCAUUACAGAACAAAAACCGGCAAUAGUGGUGGACAAAUAUAAAAGAAGAAAGCAUAAUAAUAGACGUGUAGAUUCUGUACAUAAAAUAUCAUAUUAUCAUUUAUCUGAAGUAAAUGAUAAGUUAAUAAGAAAGAUAGCAAAAAAAGACUUAAUGAAGUUACAGACAAGUAAUCGUUACCAUUCUCCAGAAAUCUCGGAAACGGAUGAAGAAUCGGUAAAAAGAAAGAUCAUAGUUUAUGACUUGAAGUGGCGAUCACAAGCUCUGAAAGAGUUGUUAAAAAACUAUGUGGAUAAAAUUAAUGAUAAAACGGUGAAAGUAAAGAUAUCUCGAAUAAGAAGUCAUGGACCAGGGUUUGCGUCAGAGAACAAGCCACCAAUAAAUGUGCCAAAAUGGAUGUUGGCCAAAUACGAAACUGAGACCAUAGAAGAGGAGAAUGAAGUCAAUAAAGAGGAUGAAGUCAAAAGUGAGGGUGAAGUCAAUGAAGAGGAGAAUGAAGUCGAUGAAGAGGAGAAUGAAGUUGAUGAAGAGGAGAAUGAAGACGAUGAAAACGAUGAAGGAGAAGCUUUGUAG